AUGGGGAACCCUGUCGAGACUAGUCAGCCUGGUGCUGAGGCCGCCGCUGAAGUUGCUGUGCCCGCGGGCGCUAACGAAGGUGGGAAUGCCGUGAACGAGCCUAAACAGCCCGUCGAGGAAUCCAAAAAGGGUGGCCAAGAUGAAGACAUUGAGUUCAAACUCGAUGUUGAGAAGACUCUUGAGAGGCUCCUCGAACAGGAAGACACGGAUAAAGACAUGCAAAUCACCAAGGCAGACGGAGGGCCAAUGUCCGUAGAACUGCCCACAGCAACGCCAGACGGACCCGGCACUUAUACCCUCACCGGCCAUUACAACGUCUCCAACCUCCUUCAGGAAUUGACCAUUGCCAAAGAUGACGGCCUCAAGGAACUUACCAUAAGCCUAAGCCGUCUCAACGAAAAUCCCGUCCACCGGCUCGCAAGACGCAUCCGCGAGGACUUCUGGGACAAGCUCACUAGGAGAAUCGAUGCCUCCACCGUCGAGAUCGCCGCCGUCGACCCCAAGGACUGGACCGACGACCCGAGGCCGAGGAUCUACGUGCCGCACGGCGAGCCGAAGCAGUACGAGUUUUACAAAAAGGUCGCCGCCGAUCGGCCCGAGAUCCGCCUCGAUGUGCAGAUGCUUCCCGAGAAGAUCACACCCGAGCUCCUCCGCGAUCUCAACCUCAGGCCUGGCCUUCUUACCGUCGCCAUGGAAGAGGUGACAGACCCCAAGUCAGGGGAGAAGACCCUCCGAGGCGUUCCGUUUGUGGUCCCCGGCGGACGGUUCAACGAAUUCUACGGCUGGGACUCGUACUUUGAGAGUCUCGGUCUUCUCGUCAACGACCGCGUCGACCUCGCCAAGGGCAUGGUUGACAAUUUCUGCUUCUGCAUCAAAAACUACGGCAAGAUCCUCAACGCUACCAGGUCGUACUACCUCUGCCGAUCCCAGCCGCCCUUCCUUACCGACAUGACCCUCCGCGUCUACGAACGGAUCAAGGACGACGAGGGCUCCAAGGAGUGGCUACGCCUGGCACUUCUCGCCGCCAUCAAGGAGUACUCGAGCGUUUGGACGGCCGAGCCGCGCUACGAUGCCGGGACCGGCCUCUCCCGCUACUUGCCGGAGGGUCUUGGCGUUCCGCCCGAGACGGAGCCGGGUCACUUCAGUACCGUCCUCACGCCGUAUGCCGAGAAACACGGCAUGACCUACGAUGAGUUUGUCGAGGCGUAUACUUGGGGUAAAGUAAAGGAGCCCGAGCUCGAUACCUACUUUGAACAUGACCGAGCCAUCAGAGAAUCGGGCCACGACACGAGUUACCGCCUAGAGAAUCGAUGUGCUGAUCUCGUGACUGUCGACCUCAAUUGCCUUCUUUACAAGUACGAGACGGACAUUGUCAAGGCCAUCCGCACCUAUUUCGACGACAGCCUCGUCGUACCCGAGGAAUACUCCGCGGGCAGCAACCUCCAGCCCGGCGAGAUACUCACAUCGGCUCUCUGGGAGGAGCGCGCCGAGAAGCGAAAGCAGGCGAUCCAAAAGUACUGCUGGGACGAGGAGAAGGGCUGGUUCUUCGACUACGAUAUCGCCAAGAAGGAGCAGACGGGAUACGAGAGCGCCACGACGCUGUGGACUCUCUGGGCCGGCGUCGCAACGAAGGAGCAGGCGGAGAGGCUCGUCAAGAAGACUGCGGUCCCCAAGCUCGAGGCCUACGGCGGACUCACGUCGACGACGGAGGCAUCGAGGGGCGAGCUCGGGCCGGACAGGCCUCAGCGGCAGUGGGAUUACCCGUACGGAUGGGCGCCGCAGCAGAUGCUCGCGUGGGAGGGCCUUCGGCGCUACGGGUACGAAAAUGAGGCAUGCCGGUUGGCCUACAAGUGGCUGUACAUGAUGGCAACGGCGGCUAGGGACUAUAAUGGUGUGGUGGUGGAAAAGUACGACGUUACUCGCAAGUCGGAACCGCACCGAGUCGAUGCCGAGUAUGGAAACCAGGGCCUAGGCUUCAAGGGUGUUGCCAAGGAAGGAUUCGGAUGGGUGAACGCUAGCUUUGUUGUGGGCCUCCAGUACUUGGACCCCAACCAUGAACUUGGGUUGGAGAAGAUGCUGCCCUGGGAAAAUUCGUUAGAUCCUCUCUCCACAUAA